UAUUUAAAAAAAAAAUACCCAUAAAACAGUGCAUCUCUUACGUUUCGGUAGCAGCAGAUUUAUGAAAAUUUUUGCGUUAUAUUUUAAAAAGUUAUUGUGAGAAAUAGAAAUUUAUAAUUCAAACCGCACAUUCACGUAUGUAAAUUUGCGUUAAGUCGAUGUAAGUUAGAAGGCAUAUCGAAAAGCACUGGAUUUUGAAAAUUUCAUUGUUAAUCUCUUAGCAGCGUAAUUUCUUAGUGUACGUUAAGGUAAAAAAUAGAAAGCGCGCACACCUGUUUUCAACUGUUCAAUUCAAAUAUUUUACAAUGAGUUUAUUUCAGAUGGGCCAGGGUACGAGAAGCCGUGCUGCUGGUGGCUCCCCGCAAAGGAAGGAUAAUUGCGUAGUUGACAAUGAUACUACCGUUGAGGUUCAUAAUUCGCCGGGGCGACAAUUAACUGCUGAAGAGCUCAGGAUUUUUGAUAUGGCAACUCCUCAAACAGCAUCCCGUAAUUCGCCUGUGAACAUGUCCCCUCCUUCAAGAGACUCAUCACCGCCCAGACAAUGUCCCAAGGCUUCCUAUCCGAUAUAUAAUGCGACGCGUACCAAUUUAGGACGUCCUGCUCGAAUGGGUACACCGCAAACUAGAAGAAAUGCAAGCAUAACUACACCUGAAGAUCGUAGCCAAAUUGAUCGUGCAAUUCCGGCCACGCCUGUACAAUCUUCGGAGUACGGAAGUUACAAUACACCUAUGGCCAAUAUUGAUUACUAUGGCAGACAGCAGGCUUCAUCAUGCCCCCCCCGGUAGAGGAGGACGCGCUGCUUAUAGACCGCAUAUAGCAGGAGUAAAAACCGCUUCAAUGUCGUCUGGCGUAAGAUCAAUUAUCGUUGACAUUAAUGAGAAAAACGAAUCAAGGAGAAUUUUUUAUUUUACAUAGGGAAGAGGCCGACUACUUGCAGCACCAGCAGGCUACGGUUCAUUGUCGAAAAAGCUGCUUCCAGGCAUUAUGCCAGCAGCAAAAAGUGUAAGAAUUUUAUUAUGCCUUUAUGAUUUUGUUAGUCGAUUCGGAAGUAUUUUCUCUUUAUAGUCGAAACUUGAAACACCUACAAACUACGAUCAAGUCGUAGCGGCAAGGGCACGUAAUGUAUAUGGCGAAGCUGCAGAUUAUCCUAAAUCGUCUCAAGUACAUUUUUACUAUUAUUUUAAGCUUUUUAUCUCAAAACUGAUUUUUCGCAGGAGUGUCCUUCGCCCAGCGGGAUGACCCCAAGACGUUCUGCUGCAAUGCGAAAUCUAGGUGAAUGCGUUUUUGGACAUACCAC